UGUUUUUGAAAAAAAAGAAAAAUCUCACGCAGCUUUAUCCUUUUCUGCUGCAGCUUCGAACAAACCCAUUUCUUUCUUCACACCAUCUACACAAUAGUUGUUUUGAGCCACACCCAUUUCCAAGCUUCAACUUUUACCCAAAGCUUCUUUUCCAGUUAUCAACUCAAAGGUACUCCUUAUUAUCUCCGUCUAGCAAAUAAGUGUGGUAGAUGGAAUCUACAAACUCAAGAGUCAAUGUUUCAAAUUCCAGACAAUCUUCUAAGCAGCUUCUGUUUGACCGUCGCUAUGGAUGGGUAAUCGAUGAGUGGAAAGACCCAGCAGAGGAAGCACUUGAUGGAGGCAGAGGAAUGUUUUGCAUACUGCCACUUGCCAAAGCCUUGGUGCAGAAGGCCUCACAAUCAAUAAAUUUUGCAGUAAUCUCGGUCAAAAAAGCUUCAGAAAAGCCAGAACUGUUUUCCCCUCAAAUGCUGCAGAGUAAUCUAGAUGACGGUGUUAAGAGUUUUAUGACAUUUUUCAAAAACAUUGGGAGUAAAGGUUUCAUCCUCAACAAGAAUUCUGAGUCACAUGCCUCCAAUAGCUCUUCCCUCUCACAUACAGAAAGCAAUGGAUGAAGAAACAAAGUUUGUUUGUUAUCAAUUUUUUUGUUCUAAUACAACCAUAUUGGAAUGCUUUAUGAUAAUUGUCGGAGUGUAGAAUUUAGUUGAUCAUCAAGAGAAAAAUAUUAUAACUGGCUAGAAACGACAACUAAUUGGAUGCCAUUUCGGCGUUUUUGAUUGGCAA